UGUUUGAAAAGCUAGGGAGAUGCAUAAAGACACCCUCUUACAUAGUAGUAAACUUGGAAAGAGAAAAAAAAUUAGCAAUAAAAUCGUUUGACACGCUAUACAAAGGGAAGGCAGGAGGUGGUGUCUUAUAAAACACCGCUAAUUACACACAACAACCAAAGUAAACCAAACAAGAAUGGCAGAAUUAGCAGAGACUGCAGUGAUGCCUAAGGUCAUAACUUUCCUCUCUUCUCUUCUUCAAAGAGUAGCAGAAUCUAAUGAUAUUAGCCAUCAGUUAUACCCCCAGAAAGCCUCAAUCUUUCAUGGCCUAACGAGACCUACUAUAUCCAUUCAAAACUAUCUUGAGAGAAUCUUCAAGUAUUCAAAUUGUAGCCCCUCUUGUUUUGUUGUUGCUUAUGUGUAUCUUGAUCGGUUUUCUCAGAGACAAUCCUGUUUUCCUCUCAAUUCUUUCAAUGUGCAUAGAUUGCUCAUCACAAGUGUCUUGGUCUCUGUCAAGUUCAUGGAUGAUAUAUAUUACAACAACGCAUUCUAUGCUAAAGUUGGAGGAAUCAGCACAAGAGAGAUGAAUCUUCUUGAAGUGGAUUUUUUAUUUGGUCUAGGCUUCCAGUUGAAUGUGACACCAACCACAUUCCACCUCUAUUGCUCUUACCUUCAGAGAGAAAUGUCGAUUCAGUCUCCUCUGCAAAUAGUAGACACUCCUCUAAAUAUCGCAAGACCACUGAAAAUCCAUUGCUGUUUCAAUGAAGAUGAAUCCACUCAUCAAAAACAGCUUGCUGUUUAGAUAAUAUUUAGGAUGGUUAGGAAAGUUGGACCUAAAAAAAAAGGAACUAGCAGACUUUUAGUAGUGCUAGUCAUGUAGGGUCAUGCACAUGUGAGAGCUUGGAUGUUUUCCAUAAGCAUUCUGGUUUGAAAUGAUGGAGUCGAAACUCUCACUUGGCUUCCUAUGAUUUGAGGCACUGCACACAUCUUCAAGCUCAGUUUUUUAUGCUACUCGUCGUGUUCUCCUUUUCUUUUUGGUUGGAAAUUUGCAAAUCAAUGCUAUGUACAGAUGGGCUUUCUGUCCUUACAGUCUGGCUAACACGAUGUAUAGCUCACGAUCAA